AUGGCAGGCAUUCCUUCCCAAAAUGUUCUUCCGACGGACCUUCCGGUUAACUCACCGGUGACCGAGGGGCCAUUUCCGGCAAUGGGCGAUGCAGAACUGGUGGAGACCGCCGAAAAAUCGCCGCCGGCUCCGGCGGAAUCAUCAUCAGACGGGGAGGAGGAGAGGCCCUUGAUAAGGCGUAGGGUUGUGUUCUCGCCGGCUCCUCCUGUGGUAAUCAAUUUGGACUCUCCUCCGACGGAUGCGGAGAGGGGUGCGGUCGCGGCGCCUGCUCUUGAGGGUGAACAGUCAAUGGGGGUUGCCCUGGCUGGCUUAGGCCAUGAGGAUGCCGUCACUUCGGUGACUCAGUCGGUGGUUCCAGUGGCUGAGACGGGAGGUAGUUCCUCAGCGGCUGGUAAUGUUGGUGAGCUAAGCGCUCCUUUGGCGGCUGCGGCGGGAGAUUCCACCUCGCCGGCGGCUGAAGGAGGAAGAGAUGCUGGGAGUAGCUUGGUCCCGCAGUUUGAGCUGCUCUGCUCGGAGGCCGAGAACGCGUCAUUGAGGGGUGUCACGGAUGUCGGACUGAUGAACGAAGUGGCUGCGAUGGGAUUGAGGCCUUGGAGAGGCCUUUUGAUGAGGGAACCCUCGCCUGGGGAAGUAGAUACCCCGAAGCCUGCUAAGGAGAAAAAGAGGAAGAAGAAAUCACCAGCUGAGUCCUCGAAGCCAAAAAAGGCUAAAGUUCAAAAGCCUAAGGUCGAUUCAGCGGCCUUAACUUCGGAAGCAGCAGAGAGCCCCCGAGCUGGGGGAAAAGAGAAAGAUGACUUCCCGCUAGCACCUGGGGCAAGCACGUCUGCUUCAGAUCUUGCUGAGCCGAUGGCUGUUGAGCCCAAGGCUUCCAAACCAGAAGUUGCUGAUGUUAUCCCACCUCGGGCCGAUGAGGCUCUCGAGGGUGGGUCAGAUGAUGCCUCUGAGUCGGUCGACAGCCAAAAAAUUUCCCGAGUUGCGGGGUGCUCGAUAGAUGAGUUAGAGGACCCCAGCUCUGAGGUUCCCAUGAGGCAUGAGAAGGCCUCGAUCGAUCCAGCCGGAGUUAUUGAUGUGGGUAACUCUCCGCCGGGUCCGGCAUCCUCUCCGAGGAAGAUACGGGAUGCCCAUAAUAGAGGGACUUCCGAUGCGGGGGCAUCCCUCGAGGAGAAUGACGUUGACGAGCUCAAAGCUCUUUUUACCAAAAGGGAGGAAGAACUUCAUGACCUUCGGGCUCGUUUGGAUACGCUUGAGAAGAAAGAUUCCCUGAUGAGGGAGGGGCUCAGAGCCAGGGAUAUUGAGAUUCUCGGACUCAAGCAGCGUGUGGACGAGAUGGCCUCUGAGAGAGACACCCUCCAAGGGAAGUUGACCUCGGUUGAGCAUCAUCUUCAGGAUGCAAGGGCGGAUAGUAGUAAGUAUAAGGAUCUUCAUGCCGAAUUGGUCGCCGCGCUAUCUGUAGCCAAGUCCGAAGCUGAUGCGCUCAUAUCCUCGUACCGAGAAGAUGCUGCUGCCGCAAAUGCUCAAGCUAGGAAUAGACAGGCUCUCGAGGAUGUACAUGUAGGGGGAAUCGAUUUAUCUGCUGAGAUCGAGAGGGUGAAGGCCCUAGAGGAAGAAUCGACAGUUCUGCUUUCUUUCGAUGAUGAUUCAGCCAGUGGUUCGGCCAGUGGCUUGGAGGAUGAUGAAAAUGAAGGUGAAGUCCCCGAGGGGGAGGAGGCCAUUAACAUUCCGGGGGUCGAGGGCCAAGCCGUUGAAGGCUCGACUUCUGAGGGAGCUCCGUCUGGUCAAGUGACCCCAGCGGUAGAUUAG